AAUGUAUAUGUUACGCUUACGUUUAAGUAUAAAUUUUAUUACAGUACGCCAUACUGUUUUCGUGAAGUAAAAUCAGCGCCUGAGUGAAAGUAAUAUCAAAUAAUUUUUGAGCUACCUUGCAAUCUAAAACUCUAAGAAGGGUGCAAAAUUUAUAAAUAUUUUUAUGUUUAAGAUGCCGCGUAAACGUAAAAGACUUUGUCGACCUCCAGGGUCCAAAAAUAUUAAAUCGAAGAAAGAUUUAAAGGAAACGUUAAACGUAAUUAAAACUGAAAACGAAACAGAUGAAUCUAACGUAGGAACUAACGUAUGUUCUAAUUGCAAUAGAAAUUUUGAAAAAGAAGCGAGUCUUCGCCGCCACAGUAAACGCUGUUCGAAAUCCCGAACGUUACCCGAUUUUGUAAAACCGAUCAAGGCUUCAUUUACUUGCAAUCAGUGUCACAAGAAAUUCAGAUUUAAGAAGAGCUAUACCGACCACCUUCGAGAUGAACACUCAACUACACCGGGCAGUGUUGCUUGCAGUCAGUGUUCAGUGGUGUGCCCCAAUGAGGAAGUUUUACAGAAACAUAUUGAAAAUAUACACGAGAGAGAGAUUUUUGAAUGUGAGCACUGCGAUAAGAAGUUUGUGAGACGCGCGCAUGUUUUGAGACAUAUGAUGCAGAAAGGUUGUGAUGGUAGAGAUAUUGUUGUCUACCCAUGUGAGAUUUGUGAUGCAACAUUCUCAAGGAAGGAUAACUUGAUGGUGCAUAUUCGCAUGCAACAUAUAGAAAAGAAGUAUUUUAGUUGUAAACAUUGUCCCUUUCAAACAAGAAACUUUUCAAAAUUAAUUAUCCAUUUCCAAAACAAGCACAUAGAAACACCACACUACGAGUGUGACCACUGUGGAAAAGUAACCAGUUCUCGUGGGGCCAUCGCCAAACAUCUCGAGAUACAUGGUGAAAAGAAGUUUGCGUGUGACGUGUGUGGCUACAGCACCUUUACUAUAGAGGUAAUGAGUCGUCACGUCUUCACUCAUGUACCAGAGAAGCCGUACAAGUGCGACAUAUGCAAACGUUCCUUUAUACAGAAAGCGCAAUUACAGCGACACAUGAUUUCACAUGUAGGUAACACCUGUGGAAAAUGUGGAGUUGCAUUCCAGUCUAAAGCAAGGUUACUUAUUCAUGAACGAGAACACAAGGGGUUGUCAAAACUAUACUGUCCGAUAAAUACUUGUGUUUAUUCUAAAAAGGAAUUUACUAAUGAAGAGAGUCUACAAAGUCAUGUGAAAAUGCAUUUGGAUGCAAAGCUUUACUCGUGCGAAGUGUGCCCGAAGCGGUUCAACAGCGAGGCCAACAUGCGGCGCCACAUGAGCGGGCACGCGCUGGAGCGGCCGCGCCGCUGCAUGUACUGCGUGGCGCCGCGCGCCUACGUGCGCGGCGAGCAGCUCGUGCGCCACGUGCGCAAGUCGCACCCGCUCGUGUUCCGCGAGCGGCUGCUGCACGUGCGCCGCGUGCUGGGCUUAAAUUUAGGCGUGGACCGUGUGAGAAAAUCGGAGAUGGAGUCAAUCUUAAAUGUAUUAGACGCUGAAUCAGAUCGUAUAUUGGAAGGCUAUGGACUGGGAGUUCUGUACGGUGGUCUUCAGGAACAAACACCAUCUGAGAUGGGAGAUGAGCAGAUAGAAGUUGACAUAGAGUCUCCAUUGAUGUCUGAAGAGGAGCUAGCCGAGAGUCUGAGAAAGUUACUCGCACAACUAAUUGACAAGGAAAUACUUGAGUGCUUUGGAUGGCCUGAUGAAUCUGUGGAUGUGGUUUUAGAGAAAGUUAUUGAAAACUGCGGUGCUAAAGCAGCUGAUCGUGAUAAAUGGACUCGUGUUCAGCGCCUACGUGAAAACGCCAAGCAUCUCUUCCUAUAUGUGAUUGAAGAUAAGAACAUCGCACGAAUGCUCGACAUGCACACCAUAGACCAAAUCAUAAACCACAUCCUCGACCAAGUCAGUAAGACUGAUGACAGUGAUAGUGAACAGGUUAAAAAAAAUACAUGAACACGCUAUUUACAAACCUUAGGGUUUUCUUAUCCUAGAACAAACAUUUGAUUAAUAUCAUUAAUAUUAAAAAAAAUAUAAUAAACCUUUGUAGACAACAUACAAGAAGAAGACAUACAGAAAACCAUACUUUUUAAAGUAAUAUCAUAUGAAACUACUUUUUGUAUUGAAUUCUGUUGUAUUACACGAUUAUUCAAAACAUUACGCCCAAUGUUGAGUACAUAAAAUACAUAAUAAUUAUACAUCCGGUGUGCUGCAAACAGUACACAGUCAGGAUGUUCCCGACAUGACGACGUGACGUCUAUAGUAAUGAAUAUUACAAAAAUAGCGACUCAUGGAUACCACUCAAUGUCCCCUUGAACAAUUAAAUCGUAGUAAAUUAGAAUGCCGUGUUUAAAUUGUUUAUAUUAUUGUUGUGCUAUUUUUACACCAGUUGAAGUAAGCUCUACAGAUAGACGACAAAGAUGAAUCGCUAUUUUCGCGAAUACAUAAGAUAAGGAAUAAGAAUUAUACAACUAUGGUGAUGACGUUUAACUACGCAUUCCACCUAUAAAAUAAAAUAAAAAACAUCAAUAAAAAACAAAGUUUUCUAAUAAA